GUCAUGUUAUCAACAAUGGUGAAACAGUGUGUCAUCCAAUGAAACAACUUGGUUGGUUGGUGUGUUUGAAAUGAGGAAUUGUGCGUGUUCUUGCCUGAACAUGGAAAUAAUUCUUGUGUGAUUUUGUUACUCAAAUUGUGUCUCAAAGUGCGGUGUUUCAACCAUGGCUGUAGCAGUAACCAGGGCAGAUAAUAUUGUGUCAAUCUCUUAUUUUGACUUUUUGAAAAUACACUGUUUAUCGUUCUUAUGGGGACUUUGGAUAUUGCUGAAAGAGUUUUUGAGGAAGGUUUUGAGAAAAUCAAAGGACAGUGAACAAACCGACCAGAGGAGGAAACCGCCUGAAUGUCUCAGUGGGGAUUUUGGACAACAUCUUUAUGUGAAAUUACAGUAUACAAAGCUACACUAUGUCGAGUGUGGCUCCAAAGAUAAGCCUGUGGUUUUGCUGCUGCAUGGUUUCCCAGACUGUUGGAUCAGCUGGAGGCAUCAAGUGUCUACACUUUCCAAACAUUUUAGAGUAAUUUCCCUGGAUCUGAAGGGUUUCGGAGACUCAGACAAGCCGUCGAGCCGCAGCAGUUACAGAGUGGGAGUGAUACUGAGCGAGUUACAGGAGUUGAUCCACUCCCUGGGUGUCUCCAGUUGUAACGUGGUUGGUCACGAUCUCGGAGCUCUCAUCGGCUGGUACCUUGUCCAUCUCUGUCCACAGUUUGUUGACAAGUUUGUAGCCAUCUCUUGUCCACAUCCAAACUUCUACUGGACACACCUACCCGAUUCUAACUGGUUCAAUACAAACUGGGUUCACUACAGCCAGUUACCUCACCUCCCUGAAAAGGAUGCUCUGAAGAACGAUCUCAACAUCAUCAACCAGUGUUACCAACAUCUCAAUGUCAAGAGUUUGAAGGAGGUGGCGUUUUUAGAUGCAUACAAGUAUUAUUUUUCUCGGAAGGAGGACUGGACGGGAGCCAUCAACUACUACCGCAACCUCCCGUUCUGUAGAGUCAGCACCACAGAGGACAGUGUAGUCACUGUGCCUAGUCUGCUGAUCCUGGGCAAUCAGGACUCUUCAGUGAGACUAGAGAGUGUCGUCCGCUCCACAGAGUACCUCAGCAAGUAUCAGCUCAAGAUCAUCGACUCCGCCGGACAUUUCCCCCACCAGGAGCGACCUGAAGAGGUCAACAAUCUGCUGCUCUCCUUUCUAGUCACAAAACCAAAUCCAGUAGAAGCAGAGAAAGAAAUCCCAUCUGGUUUAAUCAACAGGAUGUUUGGAGCUGUUUCUUCUACUGUGAAGUUUGGAAACCACGUUCUUCUACGAACAGCUAGUUCAGUCACUCCUAGAGCCUUGAUGACACACUCUUAGCAAAAAUGUGUGCAUCUUGCUUAGUUGGUAGCAAAUUUACACUUUUAUAUUUUAUACAGUUAUUUCUUAAGUCUUGUAAAGAAUUAGAUUUUAAUCGUACAAGAUAAAAGUCUUAGCAAGGCAUCUGUAAAUUCAUAUCGAAAUUGGUGUAUAAAAUUGACUGAUUGUAUAUGUUAUGAUGAAUGCUGAUAUCAUGUUCAGUGUUUUUCACAAGUUUUUUAUUACUCAGUAAAUUAUUUAAAGAUUAUAAUUAUAUGGUUUAUUGUGUAGGAACAAAUUGAGAAACAUAUAAACUUAAAACUUAGUAUAAUAAGAUCAUUUUUAGAUCUUUUCAUGCCAAUAAUUUUGUAACUUUGUGAUAUUUAUUAGUUGAUAUUAGUAUGUUUUGAUUUUACUAUAGGCUAAGUGUAAUUCCUUUUACAUUUUAUUUGUCCAAAAAGGUUUUUAAAUAGGAUUAUUAGGCAUGAUUUUAGCAGAAAUAUCUUUUGCAUUUUGAAUUUUAUUAUUUAUUAAAACAUUUUAGUGUAGUUGUUCUAGCAUAGGUGUGUCUUGUUAAUGUUGUAAAACAUGGUAAACUUUGCAUUAUUAAUUAAAACGCUAGUUGUUGUUAUUGUGUAAAGAUUAAAAUAGACUGAAAAACAUUUGUUUGUUACCUUUAAACAACAAAAUGAUAACGAACGUUUUCUAUGAGGAGUGUGAUACAUAGUAUGAAAUGGUAUAAAACCUUUGAAUAAGCUGGUUGAAUAUUUCUGUUAUAUGUGUUUUGUUACUAUUUACUUUCGUUAAUACAUUUUUACACCCUAA